UCUCGACACAGCUUCAACGGUCGUAUUCUAUACCUCAGCAACCAACGGCACGAACAUUACAAUUUCGUCUAGACUCCAGUCGCACUCGGAAUCUCUUCCUGUAACCAACAGCGGGCGGGCGUUCGCAUAGAAAGUUGGCUUAGAAGUAACUUCCUUCGAUUUAAUGGCGGGUGAGGAGCACAGGUGCGUCAGUCGUCGCGACGCCAGUUUUUCAAACCACCCUUCGGGUUACGCGACAGGAGCAGAUAUUUCAAGAUUACCCCAUGUUUCUCGAGCGGACGCACCACACUAUCGUGCGGCUGCAGGGGAGAGUUCGAGAUUCGAGCUCGCGGCGACGGGAGCAGGAAACACAACGAGCGGAGGCAACAGCGGGAGGGCGGGUCAACAGUACGAGCCUGGGUUGAACCCGGUGCAGUCAGGUGGAACAGAGCGGCGGGGACCAGAAGGCGUGGACGGCGGAGCCUCCCUUGCAUCGGCUGGAUUAAAUGAGAGGUGGCUCAUGGCGGCGAUGAUGGCGGAGGGAUUGCCAGUGGCUGCUCCAGUUAGGUCUGCUCCGCAAAGUCAACGUUCCGAUCACGUGGGUGCGGCAGACCGCGUGGAAGACGGAGCGUCUCUUGCGUCAGCCGGGUUGAACGAGAGGUGGCUCAUGGCGGCGAUGAUGGCGGAGGGACUGCCAAUGGCUGCUCCGAUCAGUUCUUUAGGGUGUGAAUCUGGACUGGCGCUAGGCGGGAGUCAACGCGGUCAACGCAGUCUAGCGUUGGGCAGUCAACGCGGUCAACGGAGUCCAGCGGUGGACGGUCAACGUAAUUCAAGCAGUCGCUGUGACGCUCCCGUCCCUGUCUUGGGCCUGCGCCAGACUCACGUUCCGCCUCCCUCGCACUCUCCAUCUCCCACCCUCUCGGCACGCAGUCGAGACACCCUAACGCCCAGCCAGCAGCAGCGACCGCCGCUCAGUUUGCGCCAGACUCACCUUCCCGCUCCCCCGCCGCACGCUCCAUCUCCCAUUCACGCUAAUUCUCACACCUGCACUCCCUCUCACAUCCAUGCUCCCCCGUGCGACCUUUCCUGCCUUUCCGCCAUCUCAGCUACUCAAACGAACCCUAAUACCGCGCGCCCGAUCCCCACAAACCGUGCAUCCAACCAGGGGAGGAAUCCGCCCCCGGACGAUCCAAUCCCGCGCACCCUCACUGACCAUCGUCGAUCCCUCAGCCCAUUCCAUCUGGACCGUCCAAAUCUCCAAGGCCCCUCAUUUCCUCAAGGGUCUUCUUCACAGCGUCGUUUUGACCCCAGACCCUCCCAUGACUCCCCUGUCGGCUCCCCUUCCUGCUCCCCUUUCGGCUCCCCUUCCUUCCCCUCCCCUUCCCCCUCCCAGCGACGCCACCCAUGCCACCCCCCGUCCCUCGCCUCUCCCCCGCGUCAACUCUCCCCUGGUGGUGAUUCAAACGCGUGCAACAUACGCCCAGGCGGUGGUUCAGGUGUGAGCAACAGCAGCCCAUGUCGUAGUUCAGGUGUCCGCAACACUGGCUCAGGUGGUGCUAUUCGAAGAUCAGGCUGGACUGAAGAAAGGGAGGGGACGGGUAUCUAUGAAGAAGACGGAGGAAUGGCCAAGCGUGGCAUGUGUGACAGUAAAGGGGGUGAUACAGGAGGGAAUGAGGCAACUCAAUGCAUGGACAAGUUUGGUGAUGACAGGCUCGGCAGGGGCAGGCUUGGUGAUGACAGGCUCGGCAGGGGCAGGCUUGGUGAUGACAGGCUCGGCAGGGACAGGCCCGGUACUCACAUGGAGCAGCAGAGGCACGAGCGUGAGCCAUCAGUGUCGUGUGGCCCUUCUGCUUCGUGUGUUUCUUCUGCCAUGGCUACGACUGCUCGCGCCAGGGAUGUUCAAUGUGAUGAUGGUGGUGAUGGGUACAGAGGUGGAAGCAGAGGGGACACAAACGAGGGUGAUGUAGGAAGGCGUGACAUUAACGAGGGUGGGGCAAGUGGGGCCAGCCGUGAUGCUGGAGACGAUGUGGCUGCAGACCAAGUGCCUUUGCCCAACCAUCCAGGCUGGGUGACCACCAAGAGGCGCAAGACCCUCAAGGAGGAGCUGAUUGAGGUGGAGCUGGCCAUGGAGAGGGAGUACGAGGCGGGGAGGAGUGCAGCAAAGAAGGCCAAGACGGAGGGAGGGUGUGAGACAGGGAGUGGAGGGGGGAGGGCAGGUAGGAGAGGAGGGGGAGAGAGUGAGUAUGAGAGAGAAAGAGGAGGGAGGAGGGGAGGAGGGGCAGGGGUUGAAGGGGAAGUGGUGGAUGGAGAGCAGGAGGCUGUUGAGAGGGAUUGGAGAGAGCGGGGUGAGGUGCAGGGCGGUUAUGCUGUGGGUGCAGAAUCAGGUAGCUACCAUCAGCUGAGGGGAAGCGAGACUGGAAGGGAGAGAGAGCGUGAGAUAGAGAGGGCAUGGGCCAGGGAACUGGAGAGGGAGAGGCAGAGGGAGUGGCAGUCCCAGUGGCAGCAGCAGCAGCAGGAGCAGGAGCAACGGCAGCAACGGCAAUCACGGCAGAGAGGGAGAGUUGAGGCUUUUGGGCUGGAAGAAGAUGAUUUCAUCGACCAGAUGGUCCCAGAGGAUUGACUUCCCAAUUCGGGUUGAAGAUUACAUGCACAUGGCACACGUGCACAUGGCUGCUUGAUUGGACAGUUCUGCUUGAGAUGGAAGCAAUUCGGUAAUCCGCGAAUAUGAAUGAGGAUGUAAAUUUGUUGGGCAUACUUCAGCGCUUCAAACAUGCCACCCGUAUAAUGGUACCAUACAUUUUUUUGUUGCUGGCUCUUGAAUUGUGAAAAAAACAAUAUUGUUUUGCUGGGUUUUUUUUUUCCUGAUAGGAUACUUUAUCUCGUGUAAUGGGACCAUCCGUAAUCAGUACG